CCCGGAUAAUGGUUUGGUGGUUGGCAUGGCACAGACUUAUUUCGUUUCUCCAGUUUCUUUGGGACUCGAUGAAUAACUGGCAUGGCUUAUCAGGACGGAGACUGCUAGUACUGAGCUCGGGUCGGUCUGGUUCUACCUUGAUGAGACAAUACUUGAACUGUCAUCCGGGAAUUCGACUGUAUGGGGAGCUGCUGGAAGAAGAAGAUUCCAAGAGUAUCUCCAGAGAUGCAGACGACCUUAUUACGUAUGUGACCGCCAGUUUGGCGUCUCUGCGAGGCUUGUUUCGCUUUUGGCCUUUCGUUUCCUACACUGGCUUUAAAGUGUUUAAUGAACAACUGGUUAGAACGGGCAUUGAUAUUUCUCACCUCAUCAGGCGUCUCAACAAUCCCAGGGUGAUUGUUUUAUAUCGAAGGGACUUGCUCGAGACUUACGUCUCACUGGAAAUUGCUUUCAGGAGUGGCUGCUGGUACACAGGAACGAAGUCAAACGCCAUAGCAGUCGAUGUCGAAUGGGACGAGCUCGUUCAGUUUGUUGACACAGAGAGGCAGCGAUGGAAAUCCAGUUUGAAUGGCUUGCGAGACUACAAGGACGUUGUGUUUGUCACAUUUGAGGAGUUGACUAAACAUCGAGACGAAACUAUGAAUAAAAUAUUUCAGUUUCUUGAUCUUUCGGAGGUUCCCGUGGCUGCCGAAUCGAUACGUCAGAAUCCGCUGCCGCUUGGGGAGAAAAUACGCAACUUUGACUACAUUCACAAACAAAUGCAUAAAAAAGGAGAUAACUUUCAAUUACAUUUGUCUAUACAGUAACGUGAUGCUAUAGCAUGAUGUACAUCUGGUAUCAUAUGUACAGUAUGUGUGUACAGUAUAUGCUUAUUGUUUUCAAUAAAAACAUGCGCGAUAAGUUAUUAUUUAUAUCGGUUCAAGCU